AUGGCGAUCCGCCGCCCCUCGGCCCUGCUGGCCGGCGCGGCCUUCCUACUGCUCGCCACCGUCGCCACCGCCGACCCUUACGGCUGGGGCGGCCGCCGCAACGGCCCCUGGGGCCCGCCGGCGCCGGUGAACCCCUUCAUCCCGCCGAUCGCGGCGCCCUUCGUCCCCCCUUUCGUGGGCGUCCAGGUCGGCCGCCCCAUCUACGCCUCGGGCUACGGCGGCGGCUGGAACGGCGGCGGCGGCUGGGGCGGCGGCGGCAACUGGGGCCGCGGCGGCGGCUGGGGCCACGGCGACCGCGACGGCGACGGCGACCACGACCACUGGGACCACCACGUGGGGGGCGGCGGCCACUGGCACUAG